ACGAGCAUAGCCGGGGCAGCCCGGCGCUCCCGCAGCGGCUCCCUCAGGGCGGCCGCGCAGCUGGGCCCCUUCCCCGAGGCGGGGGCCCCUCGGGAGCUUCGCCAGCCCCUGGCCUCGGCCGGGGCCGCUCCCCGGUCACUGCCCCGCAGGGCCGAGGCCCCUGUCGCGACGGGGCGGCUGAGGGCCGCCACGGCCCCCUGCGGCCCGGCCCCGCGGCCACCCCGCCGCCCCCUCGCCCGGGGAGCGGGGCAGGGCAGGCCCGGGGAGCGGCCCCGAGCCCAGCCGGCGGCCCCCAGGGCGAGGCCCGCGCGGCGGCCGCGCUCCCUCGGCGGAUGGAGGCGCGCGGGGCGGGCGGCGGCGCGGCCGGGGCGGGCGGCGAGAUGGCGGCGGCGGCGCUGCGUGCCGCCAAGCGGGCGCUGCGAGCGGAGCUGCGGCAGCGGCUGCGGGCGCUGGGCGAGGCGGAGAAGCAGCGCCAGUCCCGCCUGCUGAGUCGCAAGGUGAUUGGCCAUUCCAAGUACCAGGAAUCCAAAAGAAUCGCGAUCUUUCUGAGCAUGCCAGAUGAAAUCCAGACAGAAGAAAUCAUUAAGGACAUUUUUAAGCAAGGCAAAGAGUGUUUCAUCCCACGUUACAAGCCUCACAGCAAUCAUAUGGACAUGCUAAAGUUAUCAUCAGCUGAAGACAUUUCUUCACUUCCUUUGACAUCCUGGAAUAUUCAUCAGCCUAGUGAUGAUGACAGUGUAAGAGAGGAAGCUCUUUCUGGUGAUUGCCUAAAAGUUUGCCAGGACAAGCAUGGAUUCCCUAUAGCAGAAGACCUCUUGACAGUAGGUUUCUUGGUUUCCUUUCUUGGGCCCCUAGUGUGUAGUGACAAGACCCUCAGGGAUCCAAGAGCCGCCAGUUAACAACUCUGGACAUAUGGGGGACAGUGGACAUGACAAGGAGAGGGAUAGACAUGGAUGCAGCUCAUGAGGCCACUCUUACACUCUUAGCAGUAAAAACUGAUGAGUUGUUUGAUGCCCGAGCACCUGCCCUGUCUUCUCAGGGAUGAGGAUGCCGUUUCACACGGCAGGGUGUGGAAGCAAGGGAAGCAGGGUGUGAGAAAGGAGCAAGCCAGCCGUACAUCUUGAGGGGCAAAUGGUGGCCUGCAGGGCUGGAAGUGCCUGGGACCGCAAGGGUCAUGUGCCUAGAAGGACAAGAUGUUAUUACCCUCACUCGCCAUACUGUUGAUGUAUGCUCAACGCUGAUGGUAAUCUUAUAUGUCUGCAAUCUUGGUCUCAUCUGUGUGUCACCUCUCAUCCUGUGACAGUUCUUCCCCCGCCCCACCGCAAGCACCACAAGAGGUUUUGUUGCUCCCCAAGUUAUGAGGAGAGGAAGCAUUUCCUCCAUGGGGCUCUCUGCCAUUCAUUCUAGCUCCCAGAAUCGGAUUUGGGGCUAAUGCUGCUUGAACUGCCUUUAGGCUCCUUGCAGGGUAGCUGUGUCAUUUUUCUCCUAAAAGUCUGGUUUGGCAUUUUGCUUUAAUCUUGAGCUGUGUGAGUUGCAUGGAUAUCAGACAGUGUGUUGUGAGUCAGAGCAAAGGCAUUCAGCAUCACAGUGCUCCAGUGGAAAAAAAUAUGAAGGUAACUAUUACAGUAUUUACAGCAUCAUUUUUCAUAUUGAGAUUUGCACAAGCUUGUUUGAGUUAUUCAGCAUAAAAAAUCUGUGAUUGUAGAGGAGCUGACUCAUUAAAACAGACUCUGCUUCUCCAGAGAACCCAGAGGAAAACACUGUUCUUUAAUACAUCUAAAUUCACUCGAGUGUGGCUUGUGCUAUCAGUUAAAUGGCAUAGAAAAUAUAUUUUGUCCCUGCACCGUUCCUGCCAAUUCCCUCUUUCCUUAGCGCUGCCGCUAACUUGUCUUCCUCCUGUCUGUAAUAUAAAUGUAAGGAGAAAUGGCACCUUUCUACUCUGCAGAUUUGCCCCUUGUGUAUAUUCUUACCUGCCAACAGUAGCGACUGCAAAUGUUUUCUGCUUUGGGUCAUAUGCGUCACAUGAAGUGAAAAAAGCUGAAAAAGCAUAAGCCAGAAUGUGUUCCUUUCUGUGCGUCAGUAGUGUUUGGCACAUACUGGUUCCUGGGUCACCUGAAUACCUCUGCAAAGCAACUCGCACAGAGAGUAAGUAAUGAGCCCAGCAGCGACUGAGGGACGAUUUGACCUGCAGAAUCUCUAUCACGGUCCAUGCUAAUGGGGGAGAAGAUCAGCUGGCUUCAUCUUGAAUGUUGAGCAUCAUUCCUCAGCUAGAUGUGGGAACAUUGUGUGAUAUUUGUCAACAAGGCAUUUGAUGGUGGUCUCUGCAAUCCAAAAUGGCAAUAGAGGCCAUAUUUGGAUUUGGGAGAAGCAGAAAAAUACCUGACACAAGCUAGCCUUGGUGAGGGAGCAGAAGCUGAUUAUGAAAACGCAGUUCCAGUAAGAAGCAGGAAGCAGUGGAUGGAGAUGCUAUGUUUACUUCCUUUCCAGAUUCACGUUAACUGUGUUUCAGUCUGUGCUGGCUUUCCCCUGCCAUUCCUGCCCGUCUCUCUUUAAGUGUCUGUCUUCUACAGCAGCAAGUAAUGAAAGACUUUCUUUGCAUUAUGAAACCGGUACAUUCCCGAGUUCAGCGGUCAGCACCAGGACAGCCAAGCUCGUUUGUUUAGAGGAUGUCCUUGCAAGACGUCUCACGCUAAAACAACAAGCCCUGCAUAAGCAAUGGGGAGCUGCGCACUGGCUGCCUCGGUGCCUGGCCGUCGCUCAGCGUGGCAGCCCCUUUCCUUUGCCUACCUGGCAGUGAUGUGAAUCAACUCCCAAAACAAGUGCGCAGCACACUGUAAGUUCUAGCUGCCUGCCUGGCAGGUUGCUGCUCCACAUCUGCUUGCAAAGUAGGAGCAAAGCAAGGAAAAAAUGGCUUAUUUGACCUUCCGUGUAAAGUGCCUUUUUUAUCUGGUUGUUGGUAUUUUUUGUCAGGGUUUUGCAAGCCAGUUGGAUCUGUUUUGUCCAGAUGAAUGGCCACUUAUGCUACUUGUUUCAGUUUUUUCACUGAUUCUGAAUUCCAAUCGUGUACAAUUUCAGAAGAGUCUCAGGGAGCCCAUACAUCCCUCCAGAGGAAGGCAUAUUUGGGAAAAGCAAGCAUAACUCCUGCGAGUGCUGCUGGAGGAACAGUGCAUUGCCAGAGGCUCAAGAGAACGGUCCUUUGAGAGAAGAGGAUAUGAUAUCGUGAAGAGACAGGCCUUCCAAUCUUGAUAUAAAAGGGCAAAUGCCCACUUCCAGAAUAUAUUGUAUUCAAGGCCCUUUGGUUUUGGGGGGUUGAGUGAAGUUCACGACAUCUUACGGUUAUGUCAAGAAAAUGUUGUCUUUCUUAUGUUGCUUCUUUUCAUUGUUUUUUUCCUUUUCUAUUUUUGUAUCUGAUGUUGAAGUUCAUUUGAUUUUCUGAUUCUCUCUGCAUUUACUCUCUAGUUAUAAUUUCUAUGAACUCUGGCUAUAAUUUCUAUGAGUUCAAUCUCUGCCUAGAUUUAGAUUCAUGAUCAUUAGUACUGGGAAGCGCAGGGUUAAGAUGAUAAAAUAAAUUUGUUAGAAGGUAGAUUUUUUACUUUCCAGCUUUUCAAGGUCUAAUUAUUUUGCAGCUGAUCUAGUAUGCAAUUGAUAAGGUGAAAAUGUAAAUUUAUAGGUUUAGUAUUCAAGGUAUUUUUCAUCUGAUCAAAGAAAAGGAGGCAUUUUGCAAAAUACAAAGCUAUUUUUUUGCUUAUGUCUGAAGUUAUGUGGAUGUAGUCAGGCCAUUGGGAAAUCUACAAUGCAUGCACUAAUGUUUAUUUCAUUUU